AUUCACUCUGCGACUCAAAUGGAAUUUGAAUCCUUGAGAAACAAUGUAAAAUUUCUGUCGAACCAAAAUUCUACGCUUCAAUUGGAAAUCACGAAACUUGGCCUUGAUAAUGAAACCAAAGAUCGAGAGAUAGAUUUUUUGGUAGAGAAGGUUCGAACUCUUGAAAAGAUUAACGCAUCAGUAGGACGUAUGAUAAAUGUUGGAGAACCGGAAAACCCCAAAAAUCAAGUUAAAUUUUCACAAGCUUCUGGAAUCCUCUCUGAGAAGAAUUCACCGGAAUAUUUAGGGAUCUCGGGUCUCAAUCAAAAGUUAAAGUCACUAGAUAAUUCUACGCUGAAUAACGAAUCAUUAUCGAUCAAGGAUUACGAGAAUCAGAUAAGGGAUCUUAGAAAUCACAUCGAACAACUCGUAGCACAAAACAAUCUUCUUGCAAAUGCCAAUGCGAAAUUAAUGCAAAACAAAGAAACAAAAGAUGAUCUGUAUCAAAGAAUUAGAUAUUUAGAAAAUGAACUUGCUGGAGUACGAAAGGAGAAGGAAUCUCUGGAUCGACAGGUCGUCGCGUUAACAAUGGAGUUGGAUAAAACACUUGGGGAUUCUUCUGUGGAUGAAAAUUUAGGAGUGAAGAAAAAGUUAAAAAUCAGACACGUGUCUUCUUGA